AUGGACAAAUCUUUGGUGAUAUCUCAUUUUUCACCGGUCUAAAAAGACAGAGUUCUGCUAGAAGUGUCUAAAUAGACAAGGUCUAAAAGAUAACAAAAAUUAAAUGCAAAAUUAGAAAUUAAAAGAAAUUCUGCAAGCCUUUAACGUCUUAAAUAUAAUUAUUGCUAUUCAGAUGAAUAACAAUUUUAGUUUAAUGAUGAGAAUUUGCAAAGUUCUUAUGAUACAAUGACCCAAAACUCAAAUGAUGAAUAGGAUGAAAAUAUUCAAAGCCAAGUAUAUGAUUAGUUAUAAGAAAAAGAUUCACAUGUAAAGAGAAGUAUAAAAGCACAAGAAAGAGAUAAAUUAGAUAAAUCAAUUAUGAGUUUCCUUGAUAAGCAAAAUUAAUCAUACUAUGAUGAAGCAGAUCAAUAAAUUAAUUAAGAAAGCUAAUUUCAGGGAUAUCAUUCUAACUUAAUUUAUGAAUAAUAAGAUGCUCACAAAAUUGUCAGGAAAUCUUUUAGCAGCUCAUAAGCCAAGUUAAAAUCAUUUGAAGGAUUAGAAUCUAUCGAAUUUAACAAUUAAGAAUCUCUGAAAAAUAUUUUGCAUAAAGAAAAAAGUUAGUAAGAAACAAAUAAUAUAAUUCAAACAAAAGAAAUAGAAAGUGUUUAAAUUAAAAAACUUGAGUAGCAAUAAUAAUAUGCUCAUAAUUAAAGUGAUAAAGAAGGAUCUAAUUAUAACAAUUCUAGAAUACUUGAUAAAUAGAGGAUUCUUCAACAAAACCAAACUCCAAGCACAUAUUAACUAGGAGAUUAACAGAAAAACUAAUUUAGAAAAGGAUCUUAUUCUAACAAACAAUUUAUUAAAUAAAUAUCAAAUUAAUCUGAGGAAGAGUUAGAUUCAAGCUGUAAUUAAGAUGAUAGCUAAUACUAAAAAAGUUAUAUAUAAGAAAGCAAUAAAAAAGCAUCUACGAGCAAUCAUAUAACAACUUACUCUAAAAUAAAUUCAUUAAAGAAAAGUUAAAAGUAUCUAAAUUAAAACUAUGAAGAAAGAAAUUCUAUAGAUUGUGCAUUUCAAAAUAUUGCUACGUUCUUAUAUUUACAAGGCAUGAAUGUUUCUUCAAAAUAAUUAAAUAGUGGCAAUCAUUUUUAUUAGGAUAAUCCAGCAAAUAAUUCUUUCACAUCAAAAAGAAAUAAAUGUCAAAAAGAAUCAAGGUCUAGCUUUGCUACUUAAAAAAAGAAUAAAUCGUUUAGCAGUACUAAUAAUCCUUAUGAAAGUUCCUAAGAAAAAUACAAAACUGAAAAGUUAAGUAAAAUAUUUAAGUAAUAACCUUCAUAAAAAGAUUUAUAAUUUAUUAACACACUCACUAAGGUUCUUCAAAAUUCAUAAAUACCACUCCUACUUCAGCUGGCAUCUGCUAAAAGUUUUUUAAAUUUAGAUUCUUAAUUCUAAAAUAGUUCUAUGGAUUAUUUUGAUAAGAUACAGUGCUUUAAGAAGUAUUAUCCUGAAAAUAAUAUUCAAAAUGUAAUUCUUAAAUUAAAAGUUCUUUAACAACAAUAAAAGAAACUUAAAAAAGCUAAAUUAGCAUUAAGAGAGCGCCGUUAAAAUAUCAGAAUAAGUAAAUUUUCUUAAUUUCAACAAAAUUCUAAAGUAAUAAAAAUAGUUCCCAAACAAGAUUAUAAUAUUAAUCAAUACAAACCUACUAAUUUAUCUUAUGGAGUCAAAAUGUAAAAUGGAACUAUUUAUCCUAAGUUUAGUUUUUCUCAAUAAAAUAAUUGA